AUGAUGGAUCCAGAUCCUUAUAAAAAUAACCCGACACAAAAUUAUCCAGCUCAAACUUUUCCGAGGCCAGAUUCUGAUGAAGUGCUUCAAAGGCAAAUUGGCGAUGCUCUGAAUUUACAAUUGACAACCGAAGAAAUGGCUGUCUUAAAAGAAUGCCAGCAUGACGCUGUUUUUCACCGAGGUCUACCGCUUGCAGCUGUUGCUACUGGUGGAUUUCAUUAUAUGAUGAAAACUGGAAUGAUGAAGAAGAAUGUUUAUACAUUGGUAGUAAGUGGUAUCACCGGAUUCUUCAUUGGCACUGCGUCAUACAGGUCUGUUUGUAUGGAGAAGUUGAUUGCCUUGCCAAAUAGCACUUUGAAGGAGCGAAUUUUGGCUGCUCAAGGAGUACAGCCGGUUAAGGUUGAUUUGCAAUCGGAUAGUCAGUUACAACCUUGGGUGGACGUUCAGCCUAAUUGGGAAACUCAUAAUGCUCCAAUGGGUUCUGCGCUAGAUAUUGAACCUUAUCAAUCUCAUAAUGAGUCUUAUUCCUCCACCAACAAUACUCCGGAUCCUGAAUCAUCAUACAUAUUAGAUCCACCAUUCAAAUCACCACUUAGGGAUAAUUACACAAGUUACGACGAAAUGCGGCGGAGAAAUCGCGAGGAGUAUGAAAGAGCUCAGGCUCAAAGAACCAGGUCAGGUAGGCCUCAACCACCACCACCACCUCCACCAUCUUCAACCGCAUUUGACCCAAGAUUCGACAGGCCUUAUGAACCACCACCAUAUGAUCCACCAAGGCGUGAUGAUUUUCUGUGA